AUGACGCUAUACUCAGACUCGGUCUUCCAGCAUCAGCCGCUUCAGACAGUUCAAGCUGUGGACGAUGACAGACUCAUAGUCACCAUUCCCUUUAACUAUACCCAUUUCAUCAAACCAGCAAAUAUACUGCACGAGUCACUGGUGCCGUCAGACUGGAGACUUAUAGAGAGAGACGCUGUUUCGUCCUUUCCUUUUUUGCAGAGUCUGCCGGCGGGCACCAUGGUUUGCGAUAACCUCGAGAGCCUGAGAACUGUCGUCAACCACGCCAAUGAGAGAUAUGCCGCCUCGGGAAUAAUGACCAUUUUAAACGAGUUCAGAGGGUCGGAGAAAAAGCUCACUAUCUCGAUCAUCGGUAGCUACGCUUCCCAAAGAGAAAUGAACGAGAUCCGGUUGCGGAUUUUCCGCCAUUACUUUGAGAUCAUCAAACGCAAAGUCACGAUUGACUUCACGAGAAAUAACCACUGUUUUACAUCAAUCGGAAAAAUCAAAGAGGAAUUGACGCUGUUUCUCGAUGAGGUGUCUCUCUAUAACAAAUGCUCCAUCUAUAUCACUCCUUCCAAAGAAAGCUCCUCCAAAGUUGACAUAGUUAUUUUGGGCAGCCAGGAUUGUUCAACUGUAGCCGAAAACAAGGUGAGACUGUUUAUCGAUAACUUGAACCCUCUGGUUCACUGCGAUUACAUAGAGAUCGAAUCUUUGUCUCUGCUACCGUUGAUUGGUGGAACCGAAUUCUCCAAUUUCAAAAACAUUGUCAAGAGAACUCACUGCCACAUCUACCUGCCAAACUUGACCCCAGAACUCUACUUUAACAAUUCAUUGGAUACGGAAUUACAGAAACCAACCAUAUACAUAACGGGACCAAAAUCAUUGGUGCUGUUAACCAAAUACAUGUUGUCGGACAUCAUUGAGAAGAUCAAUAAAACUCCGUUUAUCAAACAGCUUUCUGUCAUGCCAAUCAAAAGAGAAAGCAUGAUCCUUUUUAUGCAAGAGCCGGACUUUCUGAAAAACAUUAUGUUCGAAACUGGCUGUUUUAUCUCCAUCCCAUCUCUUGGCUUCUCAUUACCAGAGGGGACUGGUGAUAUCAUCAGUUUCCAGGGAAACUCUAUUGAAGAUGUGGAUAAUGCAAUUGACAAGUUCAUGAGUUGCAUUUCCAGCUUUUACAGUGCAAAGUACGAAUUCAAGAUGACGGCUUCAGCCACCGCAGAUGUGAGCAAGCUGUUGAGUUUCAACGAUUCGCUGUCAUUCAUCACCAAUUCCAUUGUGUCCUUGGCCAAAAUCAAUGACAAUUAUGUCUUUCAGGUCGUUGGACGCUCUGACGGGCUCAAACAAGCUGCUACUCCUCUAGCUCAAUUCGCUCCUUAUUUGGAGACUGACUUCGUUAAAAGCACCAUCACUUACCAAAUAGAGCUUUCCAAUAAGGAAAAAGACUUUAUUGCGGGCAAGAAAAACGGAAAAAUCAUCAAAAUCAUGAAUAUGUCAUCGGUGACUAUCAAGCUUCUUCCGUUCACAGACUCCAAUUUCAUUGUGGAGAUAACCUGCGCUGAUCUGAUGGAUUCUGUACUUGGCCUAAGUAUGUUCGAAGACGAGCUUCCGUCCAUCUUGAUUUUUAAUGUCCCAGAGUCGUUCCACAGGCAGAUCAUUGGUGUUGGAGGUCAGACCGUCCAAACGAUUAUGAGAAAGUUCAAUGUGUUCAUCAAGUUCUCAAACUCUUUCGAGUUGAACGAGAAAUCAGAAUCCACCAGCCCGAAUUCGUCCAACUUCCCUCAGUCUUUUGUGAGAAAAAAGAAUGUGAUUAUCAAGUGUCCAGCCAAAAAUAAGUCACAGAUUCCUCUGGCCAAGAUGGAGCUGGAAAAGCUUGUUGAAAAGGUAAUGCACGGUAGCUAUUCCUGUUCGAUUGUCAGACUAACCAGACCACAAUGGAGGCUAUUGACAUCGUCGCAGCUGAAUUGCAACCUGAACCGAAACAGAGUCAAGCCAAGUAAUUUUGUCACGGAACUGGAAAAAACGACCAACACCUUCAUAAAAUACCCGAAGCUUGAUCAUGAAGAGGCCAACCACGACACUGUUAGUCUCGAAAUAUACGGUAUCGAUAACAACUCCAAAAAUUGCUGCUCAGAACUGAUCAAGCUGCUCCCGUGUGAGUAUGAGCUCAAAAUACUCAAAUCGGGACUAUUCAAAGACCUUAUGGAUACGGUGAGCAACACCAAGCGGAUAUUGACUUACCAUUCGAAUCCGCUUCAGCUUGAAUUCCUGAACACUGUUGUGGUUCCUCUUAAGCUUCUGUACAACGUCGAGCUGUUGUUCAAGAGCAACAAAACCACUGACUCAGUGAUUCUCAACUUUUAUCCGGACGCUUUCGGUGUCGACUGGCUCCCAAAGGGAAAACUGAACGAUGAAAUACAGCUGGAAAUUAGUAAGACUGAUUUAUUUAGCCAGAUGCUUGAGAACGUCAAAGUCUUCCUGAAAAAUCAGAAAAUGGAUAUCAUUUCGCAGAGUUUCAAAACGUGUGAGUUUGAUAUUAUUACCCAUGAGCACAGAGUCGAGAAAGAAAACCUGAGCUCAAAAAAGCUCUCCCAGCAAGGACUCGACACAAACGCAUUAUCUUCUGCCUACACUAAGAAAGAAACGUCGUUUCAGCAGCCAAUGCAUCCACCAUCCACAAAGCGUGUUCCGUCUUCGGAAGCACAGCACCAAAACGGAGGCUCUCGUUUCCAACAGACGAUCAACGCAGUGGGUCCGUUCAGCGCACCUGAUUUCAAGUUCACGCCAAUGGGAAAUACCUACUGA